AUAAAUUCUGCCACAACCGCUCUAAUUUGCAUCCAUUCUUGCAUCACAUUAAUUAUUAUUGCAAUCUACAAACUUCUCAGCUCGCUCGAAUUCAUUUCCUAAUUCUCAGAAUAUGAUGAUGGCCUUCUCUAAUAACAAUGACCAAGAACUUGGACUUGGUCUUGGUCUUGGUCUUGUUCAUGGUGAAAACUGCAGGCAGAAGAAGGAGAAGGAGGAGGAGGAUCCAUGCAGCAAUAUUAAGGCAUACCCAUCUCUUACUUUAGGACCAGAACAGGAUUCUAGAUCUUCUCAAAGCGCAGUUGUUUCUUCAUUUUCCAACUCAUCGUCUAGCAUCAAGAGGGAGAGAGAUCAAGAAUUCUUUCUGGACUUAUACGAAGAAGAAAACAAGAAGAAUAAUAAUAAGAAUGGUAACCCCAGAAAGAAACUUAGGCUCACCAAACAACAAUCUGCACUCUUAGAGGAUAGCUUCAUACACCACUCUACUCUCAAUCCGAAGCAAAAGCAAGAGUUGGCAAAGAAGCUCAAUUUGAGAGCGAGGCAAGUGGAGGUGUGGUUUCAGAACAGGAGAGCAAGGACAAAAUUGAAGCAAACAGAAGCGGAGUGUGAGAUAUUGAAGAAGUGGCGUGAGAGACUAAGAGAAGAGAACAAGAGGUUGCAAAAGGAGCUGCAACAUCUAAAAUCCAUGAAAACAAACAACAAAUAAUAUAAUAACCAUGAUAGUGCUAGUUUAGUUAAUUGCUAUCUUCUUCCUUCUUUUGGGGCUAUUUUGCUUGCGAAUUAUGCUAGAUAAUUAAUAAAUUUUUUGAAUAACAUAAAUAAUCACCGAUCAAAUCAAAACACACUACACCUAAUAAAAUAAACAUUCGAUAUCUUUAUUGUUCACAUUAUUUAAUAUUUUUAUUGUCUACUUAUAUCUUUUUUAUAAUAAAUUGUCUUUUUAAAUCAAAAUAGAAAACAAGAAAUAACAAAUUCUCCAGCUGAUCUUCUAGCAAACAAGGGACAAGAGCUCCCUUUUGGCUUGCAUAUCUAUAAUGCCCCUCCUUUAAAUAUUUGUUAUGCUUUGAGUUUGGAUUGUUUUGAAAUUUUUAGACUUAGAGAGUCUUAGUUGUUUUUUCUCUUCUGCUUUUUCCUUGGAGUUUUUUGACCCCGUUUGUCCACCAAAAAAAAACUGAUUCAGCAAAAGCGACUAACGAGUGCAAAAAGACAAUUUUUUUUAAAUAAUAAUAAUUAUUAUUAUCAUCAAGAC